UUCGGAAAUGCCCAUAUACAUACAUAUAUAUAAAUAAGAGAUAAGAAUGAAUUGUUUUAAUAUUUUCGUACACAACCUUAUCGUUUUGGUCAAUGUCAAAAUGCAAACACAUAAUUGAAUUGAAAUAGAUUUUGCACUAAGAAAAGAAUAAAUUCUUAUCGCGACAAACGACAAGACAAUCCGAAAAAUAUAUAACUCAAUGAAUAUUUCAAAAUUAAAUCAUUGCUCUCAGAGACAUUAUCUCAGUCGCAAGUGUAAAGUAUAUUGAACAUUAAUAAAUUCAUAACUUUCGUAUAUUCCGCAUUACUUUCCAAAAUGAGAAGGAAAAAUGUCCUCCCACUUGUUGGCCUUUUCCUUGUUCUUGGUUUCCAGCAUGUAAUCUCAGAAUCUCCUCUCCCGAAGGACGAUCACGGGGAAUGUGAAUUAUCCAGUGACGAGAAAGAUUUGUGUGCCUUAUAUUGCUAUAGGUCUAUGAAACUCAACUCAACUCAUGAAACAAAUAGUCAGCUAAGCAAAGCAAUUGAGAAUUUGCAAAGUAAAAUUGAUCAACAGAAUAUACAGAUUGCUAAUAUUAACGAUUUCAUCACAAACUCUGUCAACAGGCAGAAAGAAAUGUAUGAGAAAGACAAAUCUCAAACUGAGAUAGACAAUUUAAAGACAAAAGUAGAACAAUUGAAAGAGAAUUUAGAAAAUGUUCAACGUCAAGCAGCAAAAGAUAAGGAAGAAAGCUUAACUGAACAAAAAUAUUUAAGAAAUAAAAUUGAACAAAUCUUAAGAGACAAGAACACGGAAAUAGAUGGGGCUAGAAAUAGAGAAAUAGAGAAUCUAAAAGAGAAAUUAGCUUCCCAAAAGACCGAUUUAGAAAACGCAAUUAAAGACCUCGAGUCGAAAAACAAGGAAUUUGAAGAAUAUCAGAUUAAAGAAAAGAAUUCAAAGAACAAAAUUGGAGAAUUGAAUUCUGAAAUCGCAUCAUUAAAGAAAAAGUUAGAAGAAUCUGAAACUCAGUUGACUGAUUCAAAUCACUUAAUUAAAGAACAUUCCCUACAACUAAACCAAACUGCAGAAGAUUUAGUCGAGUGUCAGAAGAGACCAAAAACUGGUUGCAAAGGCCUCUCUUCAGGAAUUCAUAAAGUUGAAAUUCCCGGGAUUUAUCCGAUUUCUGUUCUUUGCGAGGGGGAUGUAGAAGGUGGUGGGUGGAUAGUCAUUCAUAAAAGAUUUGAUGGCAGCGUAGACUUUAAUAGAACUUGGAUUGAGUAUCGUGAUGGGUUCGGAAAUAAAGAGGGAGAAUUUUUUAUUGGUCUUGAUAAUUUGCAUCGUAUUACCAAUCCCCAAACCUAUCAACUUUAUGUGCAAUUGGGAUAUCACAAUGGAACUUUCGAAUUUGCUAGUUAUGAUAAUUUUAGAAUUGGCAACGAAACUACAAAAUAUAAAUUGGAGUCGUUGGGAAAGUUUAGAGGAACAGCUGAGAAUUCUAUGAGCUACAAUUUAAAUCAAGCAUUUUCCAGUUUUGAUCACGAUAAUGAUCAAUCGGAAGGUUUUAAUUGUGCUCAAAGGCGUGGAGCCUGGUGGCAUAAUUUUUGUGGCUGGAUCCACCUCAACGCAAAAUAUUUCAAUAGAGAAGACCAGGAUUGUUCAAGUAUGAGCUGGUGGUUGUGUAUUUCUCUCAAAUCUGUCCAGAUGCUUAUCCGGCCUAGAUAAAGAUGAACUUCAUUUCAAAAUAAACUUAAAACCUGGAAAACUAUGCAAUCAAAAA